AUGCCGUUACGCAUCCACACACGCUCCUUUUCCGUGCUCAGUCGCCCAAAGCCAAACUACCCUGGCCAUGUGCCCUUGACCGUCGUCGAGCGAUGCGGUCUGGCCGUCGGCUCUGCCCUUGGCUCCAUGCUCGACCAUCACCGCCACGGUACUUUCUCUCCCUCCACAGCAACCAUCUUCCUUACUGACACAUCCNNAGACUUGGUUGCUGCUCUGGGCGAGGCAACAUGCAAGCCGUACUUUAUUACUCGCUUGCGACAGAGCAUGCUGUCGCAUCCCACUGGCCGCCGUAUUCUCCGUGACCGUCCCCGCAUCUCCAGCAAGACCAUGUCGCUCGAACAUCUACGUACUCUGCCAGACAACUCGGUCGGCCGUGUCUACGCCCAAUGGCUCGAUCGCGAGGGCGUCACUCCCGAUACCCGCGACCAGGUUCGCUACAUUGACGACCCAGAGGAGGCCUAUGUCAUGCAGCGCUACCGCGAGUCGCACGACUUUUACCACGCUCUCACUGGCUUGCCCGUCUUUGCAGAGGGUGAAAUUGCUCUAAAGGCCUUUGAGUUUGCAAACACUCUUUUGCCCAUGACUGCCCUCUCCAUGGCUGCUGUCGUCAAGCUCAAGCCUGCUGCUCGCCGCCGCUUCUGGUCCACAUAUCUACCUUGGGCCGUGUCCAAUGGUUUGCGCGCCGAAGAUGUCAUCAACAUCUAUUGGGAAGAAGUCCUUGAGAAGGAUUGUGAUCAGUUGAGACAAGAGCUGGGUAUUGAGAAGCCUCCGGAUCUUCGCGAACAGAGAAAGAUGAUGAGAGACCAGAAGAAGGCCCAAAAGGCUGCUAGUGAAGCCCGUCAAACUGUUGGUCAAGGUAUCAUGUCGAAUUAA